AGUCGUCCGCUUCCGCUGGGUCACUGUCGCCGCCGCUACUUUUUCUCUCCCUUUAAAGCUCCGAAGGCCGCUCCCUUCUCCCGUGCUGCACGUCCUCCCACCCUCGGUGGGCCAGACCAGCAACAUGGAGGGUUGCGUCGGGGAGGAAUCUUUCCAGCUGUGGGAGCUCAAUCGACGCCUGGAGGCUUACCUGACCCGGGUCAAGACGCUGGAGGAACAGAACCAGCUGCUCAGCGCCGAGCUUGGGGGACUCCGGGCUCAGUCCGGGGAUGCCUCCUGGCGGGCCCGAGCCGACGACGAGCUGGCAGCCCUGCGGGUCCUCGUCGACCAGCGCUGGCGGGAGAAGCACGAGGCUGAGGUGCAGCGCGACAACCUUGCUGAAGAGCUGGAGGGCGUGGCGGGCCGGUGCCAGCAGAUGCGGCUCGCCCGGGAGCGGACCAGCGAGGAGGCGGCCUGCAGCCGGCGCGCGCUCGAGGCGGAGAAGAGUGCGCAGGGCUGGCUGAGCAGCCGGGCGGCCGAGCUGGAGCGCGAGUUAGAGGCUCUGCGAGCGGCGCACGAGGAGGAGCGAGCGCAUCUGAACGCGCAGGCGGCCUGUGCGCCACGCCGGCUCCCCGCGCCUCCCCGAGGAGCCCCGGCGCGGGCCCCCGAGGUGGAGGAGCUGGCCCGACGGCUCGGCGAAGCGUGGCGUGGGGCGGUGCGCGACUACCAGGAGCGCGUGGCUCACAUGGAGAGCUCGCUGGGCCAGGCCCGCGAGCGGCUGGGCCGAGCCGUGCGGGGCGCUCGGGAGGGUCGCCUAGAGCUGCAGCAGCUGCAGGCUGAACGCGACGGCCUCCAGGAGCGCAGAGAGGCGCUGGAACAGAGGCUGGAGGGUCGCUGGCAGGACCGGCUGCAGGCCACUGAAAAGUUCCAGCUGGCUGUGGAAGCCCUGGAGCAGGAGAAGCAGGGCCUACAGAACCAGAUCGCUCAGAUCCUGGAAGGUGGGCAGCAACUGGCACACCUCAAGAUGUCCCUUAGUCUGGAGGUGGCGACAUACAGGACUCUGCUGGAGGCUGAGAAUUCCCGGUUGCAGACACCUAGCCGAAGUUCCCAGGCUUCCCUUGGCUUUCAGGACCCCAAGCUGAAGCUGCAUUUCCUUGGGAUACCAGAGGACCAGCACCUGGGAUCUGUGCUUCCUGUCCUCAGCCCAACACCCCUGCCUUCCCCCUUGCCCGGUACCCUUGAGACGCCCGUGACAACCUUUCUGAAGACCCAGGAAUUCCUUCAGGCCCGAACCCCCACCUUGGCCAGCACUCCCAUCCCAGCCAUGGCUGAGGCUCCCUGUCCAACAAAAGCAGAGGUCAGAGCCCAGGAUGCCCCUCUUUCCCUGCUCCAGACACAGGGUGGGAGGCAACAGCGUCCAGAGCCUCUCUGGGCUGAAGCCACAGGGUCUGUUUCCACUGGUGUCCUCCCAGAACUAGAGGAACCUGGGGGCAAGCAGCCUGGCCACUUCCCCGAGGAUCCGACCUCCUCAGCCCCAUCUCUCAAUCCUCAUCACCCUGUUUUAGAGGCUAAAGAUGGAGAAUCCAGUGAGUCUAGAGUAUCUAGCAUAUUCCAGGAAGAUGAAGGGCAAAGCUGGGAGGUAGUAGAGAAACAAGCUGCCAUAGAAGUAAAAUCAGAGAGCAGCUUGGAGCAGGAAACACAAGAAGAUGGUCUGGACAUGGAAGAAAUCCAGGAUUCCCAGGGUCCUUUGCAAAAGGAAACCCUGGAGGCUCUAGGAGAGGAGACACUGAUGUCUCUGAAAAUCCAGAGCUAUGAGACACCAGGGAAGGAGAAUAGCAGUUCUCUGAGGUCUAUAGACGCGAACCUCGGAACACUAAAAAACCCAGAAAAAGAAAAACAAACAUUACUGAAGUCUUUAGAAGAAAAGGAUGUAGAGGCAGAGAAAACUCUAGAAAAGGAGGUUCCUGAACUGUCUAAGCCUUUAGGAAAAGAAGACCCAAGAGUCGAGGAGCAAGAGUUAGUGUCUCCUGAAGGUACACUAGAGGCAGUUUCACUUACAGGAAAGGAAAAUUACGAAGUGGUGAGGUCUUCAGGCGAGGAGAACUUAGAGUCAUUGACAGCUUUGAAAGAGGAGAGCCAGCAUCCGCUGGGAUGUCCAGAGGAGGAGGAGCAGAGGGUUGAGAGGCUGGUAGAAAAGGAGUGUCUGGAGCCCCUGAGGUCUCUAGAUGAGGAGGACCAGGAGACAUAUAGACCUCUGGAGAAAGAGAAUCAGGAGCCGCUCAGGUCUGUAGAAGAGGACCAGAGGGUUGAGAGGCUGAUAGAAAAGGAGUGUCUGGAGUCCCUGAGGUCUCUAGAUGAGGAGGACCAGAGGAUUGUAAAACCUCUAGAAAGAGAGAAUCAGGAAUCUCUGAAGUCCUUUGAUGAAAACCAGGAGACCAUUGUACCACUAGAAAGCGAGAACCAGAAGUCACUGAAAUCUCUAGAAGCAGAAGAGGAGCAGAGAAUUGUGAAACCUCUAGAAAAAGUGAGCCAGGGCUCCAUGGGGUCUCUAGAAAAAGAGAAUGUAGAGCUCCUGAGGUCUCUAGAAGACAAUGACCAGAUGACUGAGGGCCUGUUAAAAGAAGAGACUCAGGAGUCCUUGUGGUCUCCUGAAGAUAGAAACCAGGAGACCCAGGAUUCACAGAGGUCUCUAGAAGAGGAGGACCAGAGGAUUAUGAAUCAUCUAGAAAAAGACAACCAGGAGUUCCUGGGGUCUCUAGAAGAAGAAGAACAGGUGGCCAAGAGAUCUCUAGGAAGAGAGAACCAUGAACCACUGAGUUGUGUAGAAAAAAAGGACUGGAUGACUGAGAGCCUGCUAGACCAAGGAAGUCAGGACUCGGGGAAGUCUCUUGAAGAUGAGAACCACGAGACUUUCAGAGCUCUGAAAAAAGAGAAUCCAGAGUCCCUGCAACCUCUUGAAGAACAAGACCAAGAGAUACAGAGAUCUCUCCAACAAGAGACUCAACAGGCACUGAGGUCUGUAGGGGAUGACCAGAUGGCAGCGAGACCACCAGAAAAGGUGGGUCCAGAGUUUGACCAGGAAAUAGUUAGAGCUCUUGAAAAGCAGAACCAAGAGUCCCUGGUGUCACUGGAAGAAAGAAGUGUGGAGGCAGUGACGUCUUCAGAAACAGAGAACACAGACCCGCUGAAGAACGCAACAGGGGACCUGGAAACAGUGAGCUCUAUAGAUGCUCAAGAGCCAUUGUGGUCUGCAGAAGUGACUAGAGAGACAACGAAACCUCUAGAAAAUGAAAUUCAAGAACCGCUGGAGUAUGUGGAUGGGAACCAAAAGACCCUGAGACCCCUUGAAGGGGAGACUCAAGAACUGAGCUCUCUGGGCAAGUGGGACCUAGAGGCUGUGGAGUCUCCAGAAGGGAUGGCAGAGGGUAGGCAACAGCUGGAAGUGGAAGCGUGCCUAGAGAUGGAGGAGCACCAGGAGUCACUGAGGUCUCUGGAAGAGCUGGGGCAGGAGCUGCCUGGGUCUGGAAAUCCACAGAGGUGGGAGGAUACGGUGGUGGAGAACGGGGCAGUCGAGCAGGACCCACCCCUAGGGAGGACAGGAGUGGGAAGUGAGGAUGAGGCAGAGCUGCCCCCGGAAGAAGGUGGGAAAGAAGAUGCUGAUGAGGAGAGGGAGCAGCAGUUAGAUGUCACGGGAGAGGCCUGGAGCCUGGGGAGCUCUGCGCCCACAGAGCAGACGGUCCCUAGUGAGGAAGGAAGCGGAAAAGGGAGUGCUGAGGCCCUCCAGGACCUGGAGAGACAGCCAGAGCAGAUGGGGGCCCUAGAGGUCCCGGUAGCUCAGGGAAUGCCAGAGGCGACAGAGCCCCUGCUGCAAGGUGAGGAUAGAGCCCAAGCAGGUGGACAAGACACCGUGGAGGCUACCCUGGGCUCAGAGGUGGCUACCGGAGCGGCACUGGGGCUAGAGCAGGACGUGGUAGGGUUAGAGGAGCCAAGGCAUCUGGCCAGGGCGGAGGCCAUUCACCCAUCCCUGGGGGAGGAAAGUGUAGAGGCAAAGGUAACUCAGGACUUGGAAGGGCCUGAAAAAGAACCAAAGGAGGCGGGUGCUGCGGAGUCAGAGAUCUUUGAAUUGCCCAGGACCAGUGACGCUCUGGAAUCCAAGGGCUGCCAGGAGUCAGAGCCUGUGGUGGGCUGGGGAGUAGAGGAGGCCUCGGUGGGGACCUCAGACCAGGAGGGCAGUGACGCCCCUCAGCCCAGGCCCUCAGAGACAGAGGAAGAUGAGGGUACACCGGCAACACUGGCACCCCCUGGUCCCAAGCUCAUGGAACCCCGUUCCCCCCUGCCAGCUCUGGAAGACGCCUGUGAGCUGCAGCCCCAGGCUGAGGGGAUCCAGGAAGCGGGGUGGCAGCUGGAAGGUGUGUCAGAAGUACUGGGAAAGGUAGAAGAUGAGCAAGAGUUUGGUCUUGGGGAGACCCCUGAGGGCCUCCAGGAUUGGGAGGACAGCAGAGAGGAAAGCGAGGCUGAUGUGUUAGGGGAAACUCUCCCUGACUCUACUCCCCUGGGCCUCUACCUGAGGUCCCGUGCCUCCCCAAAGUGGGACCUGGGUGGAGAGGCCAGGAAGGAAGGCUGGGGUCCUGCCGUCCUGGCUUCCCAGGGCCUCAGCAGCCCCCCAGGGGAAGAGGAGCAAGGCCGGGACUCUGACCUGUCGUCUGAGGAGUUUGAGGACCUGGGGACUGAGGUCUCUCUUCUCCCAGGGGUUCCCCAGGAGGCGGCAGAUCAUCUGGGCCAGGUGCCCCCAGUCCUGGAGCCCGAAUGCUGGGGUCAGGGGGGGGAGUCUGAUGGGUUUGCCGAUGAGGAAGAGAGUGGGGAGGAGGGGGAGCGAGGAGAGCAUGAGGGAGGGGCUGAGUCAGGGGCUCAGUGGUGGGGGCCAGGGCCCUCUGGUGGAGGCGCCACCCAAAGAGGGGACCUCCUGGAACAUGAGUCUGUGGGUGUCAGUGGUCCCUGGGACGAUGGCCUGAGAGGUGCUACAGCUAAUAUCUCUGUGGCUGCCCUGGAAACCGAGUCUCAGGACAGUGCUGAGCCUUCUGGGUCAGAGGGGUCUGAGUCUGUUUCCUCAGAGGAGGAGGAUCAAGUCCCUGAGCACUUGGAUGCACCCCAAGAGGUGACUAGCAUGGUCCCAGGGGCAGGAGAUACCUUUGGCAUUGGUGGCCAGGGCCCCAGCUUGGAGUCAGAGCAUGUGAAUGGGAGGCUGGAGAAUGGGUUAGAGAAGUCUGAGGAGCAGGGAGACGUGGAUUGGGGUCAGGAUCAAGGACACCUUUUACAGGAACAGGAAGCGGGUACUCUAAAGGCUCCUUUGGUGGGGUCCCCUGUGCACCUAGACCCAAGCCAGUCCCUGGAGUUCCCUCGGAGUGGAGUAGAUGGAGAUUCCUGGUCCUCAGGGGAAGACUAGAGGGUGCUCCUGUGGCGCUGAGGACUAAUGGUGUGUGUGUGUGUGUGGGGGGUCCCUUCCUGAUCUGGGCCAGCAUCCUCAGCUUUGAUAGCUUGAUCUGUGGUGUCUGUCCUGGAGAGGUGUGGCUGGCUGAGGGAGAUGAGGUCCUGUCGGGGCCAUCCACUUGGACUGUCCUGAAGGCUCAAGUCGGCUGAGCCCCUGUAGUUCUAGGCCCCCUUUCUUCUGCGUCUCACCUGCUGGAAGAAGCCUGGGUUCAGAGCUUUCCCGUGGGGCUGCUCUGGCCAAGUCUUGCUAGUCCUGCCUGUCUACAGCAGUACCAUCCCCACAAGGUCUGGUCUGGCCUAUGCCCAGAGAAGGUGAGGGCAGCAGUUAUGACUGACCCUCCCUUCAUCUCAGCCUGCUGAGAUCUUGUUCUGUUCCUCCUUGUUUGAAUAAAGUUGUAUC